UUUUAGGAUGUGUUAUCAUUAUUAACGCCAGUAGCAUUCGAAUCGAAACCUACUUAUAACUUAGUGUAGUGUAUGGUGGCUAUUUUAGUACAGACAAGACUGUAAGCUGAACUCCGGAAUAGUCAUGGCACCUAAAUUGUUGUGGAUAGCAAUUAUUCACGUCUUAUUAUGGAACUUUAUAUUUUCUCUAUCUGAGAGUAUUGAAUUAAAUGAAGAUGGUGGAUUAUUAUUAAAUAGUUUACGCGAUCGAGUACGGUACACAACACAUAUUUGCGAUCGUUUGAAAAAUUCGUCGCCGGUUGUUAAUCAUAAUAACUAUGAACCUUUACCAGAUUCAGAUGGAGAUGAAAAUGGGAGAUUAGCUAAGGAUUUGAGUGAACCAUCAAAUCCUGUUAAAAGGCAUGCUAUCUUACGAUGCUAUAACCGUCCAGCACAAGAAAAUCACGAGCCUAAUAAUCCAGAUAUAAUAACUAGUGAGUGGCAAAUGAAAUCUACUCCUGUAAACGACGCAUAUGGUGAUUUGUAUAACCAUUCGACACUUCAAAAACCAAAAGUUGUAGAUCUAAAAAAAAUUGACAUUAAUUCGCAGAAAGUGAUUGAUCAAGAACCGUUAUAUCAUACUGUACCACUUUUAACGAAAGGAAAUUUUAUAAGUCAAAAUCCAAAACACUCACUACUUCAAUUAAAUUUGCAAGAUACGGCGAACAAAAUUAAAUCAUUAAUUUCUACACAACAACAUAAGUUAGGUGAAAAAAUAUCAGACAAAUUAGUCGAUGAAAGUCUACAUAAUAAACUAGCCAAACCAUCUCUGACUCUUUCAUUACCUCCUAAAUUUACUAAGUAUCCCGUAAUUAAUCCAUUAAUACGGCCAACCGAAAUAGUAAAUAAUGUUGAUUCAGCAGGGUUGAUAACAGAUAGUGACAAACAGAGUAAUCCACCAAAAUUGCCUCAAUUUUUACCAUAUAUACCGAACAACAAUUCUUACCAGAAAGAUUUGAUAGUAAAAAACAAACCAUUUUCGCCCCUUUCACCAAUUCAAUUUAAUAAGCCCAAACCUGUAGACAUAUUUUAUGACAGACAUGUACCACCUAUCGUGUAUCAGCCAACACUUCCUUCGUUAAUACAAACUCCUGUCAUCAAACAGAUACUUCCAACGGUUUUUGUCCCAAAAGAAGUAUCGAUAUCUUCAACAAACGAACGGCCACAACCCAAUAUUGGUUUGACAUCACAAUAUCCUAAAAUAGUCAAGAUUGUUGGAUCAACGUCUCAACCAACCCCAAUUGAAAAAGAUGUCACAAUAUCUUUGCCACAUAAAAAACCUCAGGAAUUUAUUGGUUUAUCACUACCUACACAAUUUACAAAGACUUCUGACACUGAAACCAAUAUUAAACCGAUUAAAAUUUUUGAGAAAAAAGUUUCAAUAUAUUUGCCAUUUAAAAAACAACAGGAAUCAAUUGAUUUAUCACCACCUACACAAUUUAUAAAAACUUCUGAGACAGAAAAGGUACACGGACCCACUACAAUCGAAAAAGAAGUUUCAACAUCAGCACCGAAAGAACAAAAACAACCGAUAGCUUAUUUGCCACCACAAGAUCCACAACUUAUACAGACUCCUGACAAUGAAUCAAUAUAUCAGGAAACUACAGUCCCAACAGUAGUAUCAGUGAAUGUGCCAUACGAGGAAAAACAAUCAACAAUUAGUUCAUCUUCACUUUCUCAAAUAACUGAGUCUUACAACAGUGAAUCAACAUCUCAAAUAAUGCCGAGUGAAAAUGCAGAAUCAACGUCCAGUACGUAUGAACAACAACAACCAAUAGUUAAUCUUUCACCACCUCCGCCUCCACAACUUCAACAAAUUAAAAUACAAAAGGAAAUAUCAAUACCUUUACCAUACAAACAAAAAAUAGUUGCCGCACCUCUACAGCUAGUCAAAACUUUCAACACUGAACUAAUACCUCAGAAAAAAAAUUCAUUAUAUGUUCAACAACAACCAAUCACUUUGCCAUCACCUCCUCCACUAACCAAGACUACUACUUCAGAGUAUCCCUACUAAUUUAAAAAUAAAUGUUCACUAUUAAUUUGUCACAAAUUUCAAAAUUUCAAAUUUUUUUAUUAGAAUCAAGAUCAAAAUAUGAACCUAUUUCAAUAGAUGAAAAGGUAUUGGUAUUUAUAUGAGUAGAAAUCUCAAUCCGUUAUUAUUAGUUUAGUCAUCAUUCACCACUUCCAAAACUAAUCAAGAUCUUCAGCAAUCAAUUAAAA